AUGCACCACCUCUUCCCUCGUAGCAAUUUCUUCGACUUCGAAACUAUUCGCAUCCUGGGCACUGCUGUCUACGGCGGUGCAGAUGUGGCUGAGGUUCUCGAAGUGGUCGGGCAGAUCAAGUCUGAAGAUCCCCUGUCAUGGGAAGCGGCGUGGCACACUCAAGCGGAACGGGCCGAAGCGCUGGCCGAAGAAGCGAGGCUUCACGGCCAUCGCGACGCGGCAAGACUGAACUAUCUCAAAGCGGCUAACUACACGCGCGCCAGCGGGUAUAUGUACUUGUCUUCUCCUUCGUCUUCACCUGGGGACUCAGCUUCGGGGUUACUUGUGCAAGAUCCUCGAGCACUGCCCAUCUUAGAGAAGGUGGGAGAGCUCUUCCGCAAUGCCCUGCCUCUUCUGGACGGCAAGGUCCACACUCUUUCAAUCCCUUACGAGGAGUACACGCUGCCGGGGUACCUAUAUCUUCCGCCACCUGGGAGAAGAAUGCAGGGGAGGUCCAAGAUUCCAAUACUCCUAGUAUGUGGUGGUGCCGAUUCUUGCCAAGAAGAGCUCUACUUCAUGAGUCCUGCUGCUGGCCCGGGCCUUGGAUAUGCGGUUGUUACUUUCGACGGGCCUGGCCAGGGUCUUAUGCUCCGAAAACUCUCUCUCCAGAUGCGCCGGGACUGGGAGAUUGUCACGGGAUGUGUGCUUGAUCACCUAGCUCUCUUCAGCGCUCAGCAUCCCGAGCUGGAGUUGGAUAUAGAUUCCAUUUCUGUUUCCGGCGCAUCGAUGGGAGCCUAUUACGCUCUUCGCGCAGCCUCUGAUUCUAGAGUCAAGGCUUGCGUUGCGAUCGAUCCCUUCUACGACAUGUGGGACUUUGGUACUGCCCAUGUCUCACCACUCUUCAUCAAAGCUUGGACGGGGGGCUGGAUCAGCUCAGGCUUAAUAGACAAGAUUAUGGGACUGCUAUCAAAGCUCUCUUUCCAGCUCAGGUGGGAGAUAUCAGUGACAGGGACCUUUUUUGGUCUGACUUCUCCAUCGGAAAUCCUCCUGCACAUGAAACGAUACACCUUUCACAACGAUGGUGGGCAAGGAAAGGCGGGAACAAGCUUUCUCUCUCGUAUCACAUGCCCCGUGUUGAUCUCUGGUGCCGGUAAUUCUCUUUAUUUAGAUGCUAAUCAUACGAAGCGGUGCUUUAUGGACUUGGUGAAUGUACCUGAGAAAAGCAAGGAGUAUUGGGUGCCGGCUAGCGAGGGUCAGGGAAGUCUACAGGCAAAAAUGGGGGCGUUGGCACUUUGUAACCAGCGAACUUUUCAGUUCCUGGACAAAGCAUUUGUAGUCCUUAGAGAGCCACUAUAA